AUGCUGUCGAGAGCCUGUGUGAGAGGCUUUGGCCUUGGUGCAGCUGCACCCCGAAGACAAGCUUACCAGAUCGCAAAGCGAACAGUUACCACAGAUGCUGCGAGUUCGCAUGCUGACAAGGCCGAUGUGCCGGACAGUGAGGAUGAGCCAUUCCCAGUCAAGCUCUCCGAUGAGAGUUUCGAAACCUACGAGCUUGACCCUCCUCCGUACGAAUUGAUGACGACGAAGAAAGAGCUGAAGAAGAUGUAUUACGAUAUGGUUGCCGUUCGACGUAUGGAAAUGGCAGCUGAUAGACUAUACAAAGAGAAGAAGAUCAGAGGUUUCUGUCACUUGUCAACUGGUCAAGAAGCUGUGGCCGUCGGUAUCGAACACGCUAUCACCCGAGACGAUGCAGUUAUCACAGCCUAUCGAUGCCACGGUUUCGCCCUUAUGCGCGGCGGCACUGUGAAGUCCAUCAUCGGCGAAUUGCUUGGUCGACGAGAGGGUAUUGCCUACGGCAAGGGCGGUUCCAUGCACAUGUUCGCUCCCAAUUUCUUCGGCGGAAACGGUAUUGUCGGUGCCCAGGUCCCUGUAGGCGCAGGUAUCGCAUUCGCUCAUCAGUACAACGGCUCCAAGACUGCAACAAUAAGCUUAUACGGCGACGGUGCCAGCAACCAGGGUCAAGUCUUCGAGGCAUACAACAUGGCCAAGCUAUGGAAGCUACCAUGUAUCUUCGCCUGUGAGAACAACAAGUACGGCAUGGGCACAUCCGCUGCACGAUCCUCCGCUCUCACUGAAUACUAUAAGCGAGGUCAAUACAUCCCCGGCCUGAAGAUCAACGCCAUGGACGUCCUCGCCGUCAAAGCAGCCACUCAAUACGGCAAGGAAUACACCGCCAACGAAAACGGCCCUCUCGUCUUCGAAUUCGUAACCUACAGAUACGGCGGCCACUCGAUGUCCGACCCAGGCACGACCUACCGAACUCGAGAGGAAAUCCAGCGUAUGCGAUCGACCAAUGACCCCAUCGCAGGCUUGAAGCAGAAGAUCCUGGACUGGGAGGUGUGCAGUGAGGACGAACUGAAGAGCAUCGACAAGCAGGCGAGAGCGGAUGUGGAUAAGGAAGUUGAUGAGGCGGAGAAGAUGGCUGUUCCGGACCCGACACCGAAGAUCCUGUUUGAGGAUAUUUAUGUUAGAGGGAGCGAGCCGGCGUAUUUGAGGGGACGGACGACGGAUGAGACUUAUUAUUACUAG